AUGGGGCCCCGUACCGCCUCCUCAUGCUGCUGCCAGGCCCGUAAUCUGCCAUGGGCCCCCGUACCGACUCCUCAUGCUGCUUGCCAGGCCCGUAAUCUGUCAGGGGCCCAUUGUACCUGGCCAUCCUCAUGCUGCUUGCCAGGUCCAGAGUGUGUCCAUGGGGUUCCCUGCUAACUGCCUCCUCAAUUGCUGCGGUCCUCCAUCGCCACAUCUCUGCCAUGUGCCACAUUCAGGUCUUCCUCACACUGCUGGUGGGUUCCAUUUUUGUCAUAGGGAGCUGAUAUGGCCUCUCCAUUGCUGCUCUGGAUGGGGUGACCAUCCACCGCCACACUGUGGCUCCACACUCUGGUUUUGGCCCCGUGACCUGCACUAAAUGGAGUGAAGUGUGCGGUGAUUCCUAAAGAUCGACGGCACUCAUUUCUGCAUGUUCAUACCUGACUGACAGUAUUAAUUCUCUUCCCCAGGCAGACUCCCAAGGGCAUUUAAAUUCAAGGUACAGUGUUUCUGCACUAAUA